AUGUGCGACGCCGAACCCCUCGUCAGCAAGAACAGCGCUGAAUGCGUGGUUGCCUUCUACAAGCUACUUGAUGAACGGAAACGUUUUGCAGCGUCCCGAUCGGCCGCAACUACACCCAAAUGGCCAGCAGCCUGCAAUGAUCACUACUGUGACCAAGAGGUGUGUCAACACGAAGUCAUUGACUUGUCCUCCAUGUGUGAGCCGUCCGAUAGCGAUAGCGAUAGCGAUAGCGACUGCGACUGGCAGCCUUACAUCACGGCCGACAAGAAAUUCCCCAUCAUCGGAUACGAAUCUCCAUCGAACAGUGAACAGUCCUUGACUGAGAGCUGCCGUCAAUACUUCGCUGAUGAAGCGGAUGAGUACGCCGUUGAGGACGUCCAGAUCAGCAUCGUCCGUCUCCGUUACAACACACCACCCACAGUCUACGAUGAGCAAGACCACGGAAGCCGUCGAAUGUCUUCGAUAGACCCCAAAUCAAGCAUUCGCGCCCUCCGACAAGAACUGGACAACCUACAGAUCAGCAGCGCACAGUCUUUCCUUGACCUAGAAGAACAGUUGGACAACCUAUCCUCAUCACACGGCGUUCUGCGCAGAGACUACCAAGGUCUCGCUGACAAACAUAACACACUCCUGGGGCUUUCAUUGAAGCAGAGCAAAGAGCUGAGCAAUCACGCCAAGGUCUUGACGGAAAUGAGCGAGUGGAAAACGCGCACGGAGAACAGCUCUGCUGCGGUACGCGUUCAAGGGCAAGAACCGGAGGUUUUGUAUUUCGACACACCGCGUUCGACUUCCACGGCGGAGAUUGGACUGGAGGAUCUGAGAGCUACUCCUCAAGCGACGGAGAAUCAGGAUGUUACAUCGACAUCGGAUAGACGAGACAGCGGUGUCGGAGGGAUACCACCACCUCCGAGCAAUCCUCCCACGACGCCUGAACGACGUGCCACACAUCCGCGCUUGAUCCUGAGACUAUCGGCCAAGCCAGUCACGAAGGAGGAAGUCAUGGGAUCUCCUAGUGCUUUGGAAACGGACGAGCCGCAACGCCCAAAGCGCGUCAGGAAGCCCACGGAGAAGCGCAAGGCCGCUGAGCUGGAGGCUGCGUCGGCAAGGAAAGCGAGGAAGCUGAGUUGCAAAUCAGCCCCGUUCUGA